GCCGGUUCCGUCCCUGUCGAAAAUUUCCACCGUCCCCGCGAUAUAUACAAGGCUCGGGGCCCGGGAGGUUUUCGAUUCGCCUUCUUAUUGACCGCGGAGCUGCGCAGCUUUCAGACCGAGAGGGCGAGGAGACACCCGUUCCGAAAUUCUCCGAAUCUCCGCUGCGUGUGAGGGCGUCUCGAUCGUCUCUCUCCGCGUUAUCGGCGUCCCCCUCGGGUUUUCAGACACUCUCUCUCGCCUCGACCGUGUUGCCACAUCGCGUCCAACGGUUGCCGCGCGCGUACGUACCGGACGGUCUCUCGCCAUACCCCCCGACGAACCCGAACCCCGAACCGGCUCUGUUCGUACAGUUCGUUAUUUCUAUCGUGUUGUUUUUUUGGUUGUUUUGGUUGCUCUUGCCGCUACCUCGGCUGCUGCGAGAUUCGAUUUCGAAAGCCGAAUGUUCUGUUGAAGCGGGUUUUCGGUGCGCGUUUGUGUGUGUGUUUGUGCGAUCGUCAUGUUGCCGAUCGCGAGAUGAAUUCGUAGUUUUAUUUGGUUUUCGCGUCGAGGGGUUGUUUUCCCUCUGUGUAUGCGUGCGUUAGAAUUUGGAAGUGCUCGAUCAUCCCUCAUGGGUAUCGUCGGCGACUGGUAGUGCGCGGGCAACUUAUCGCCCCACCUUGUAUUUGUUUUUUUUUUGUUUUUUCGUUAAUAUUCGGUUGGAUUUUCGACAUUUCGACUCGACAUAGUCAUGUCUUGGAACGCUAAUCGCGAGGAAGGAAUGUGGUGGCCGCCGGGGAACGUCGUCGCCGAUCAGCAGACGAUACAACAACAACAACAGCAAUUCUUCCAGCAGCAGAUGGAGAACGAGGCGCAACAACAACAGCAGCAGCAGCAACAGCAGCAACAACAGCAAUUUAGUUACAAAAUGGGCAACAAUUUUCAAAAUCCCGCUACGACGCAAUCGAGCGUGACGUCGUCGACGACGUCGGGCGUCCGUGGUGGCGGCGGCGGCGGCGGCUACGACUACGGCAUGACAGGUGGUGGGAAUUCGUCGGGCGGUGCACCUGCACAGGGCGCGCAGUGGUGGUACUCGCCGUCGGCCAUGGAGAAUAUGCACAAUUCGAUGCAAAGUUUACAAAACAGUAUGCACGGUAUGCAGCAUCAAAUGCCACCUGUACAGAAUCCCUCUUCCCCGCAUAGUGACAUCCAAAGUCGACAAGAAGACAUCCAAAGGCAUCACCAAGAGGCCAACAGGCAUCACCAGGCUCUUAGCGAGGCGCAAGCGCGAUUACAGCUAGGCUUACAGAACAGCCAAUUACACAACAACCACCAUCAGAUACUUUCGCACGGUCCGUUACCGCACAAAGGAAGAAUGCCGCGUCCGAAGGCCGAUGCCAGACCUAGGGGACGUAUGACCGCUUACGCGUUCUUCGUGCAAACCUGCAGGGAGGAGCACAAGAAGAAACACCCCGAAGAGAACGUCGUGUUCGCGGAGUUUUCCAAAAAGUGCGCCGAAAGGUGGAAGACCAUGUUGGACAAGGAGAAGAAACGUUUCCACGAGAUGGCCGAAACCGACAAGAAGCGCUACGACAAGGAGAUGCAGAACUACACUCCUCCUAAGGGCGAGAAGCAGAGAGGCAAGAAGAGGAAGCAAAUCAAGGAUCCCAACGCUCCCAAGCGAUCGCUGUCGGCUUUCUUCUGGUUCAGCAACGACGAGCGCGGCAAAGUCAAAGCCCAGAAUCCCGAGUACGGUGUUGGGGACAUCGCCAAAGAGUUGGGCAGAAGAUGGGCCGAUGCCGAUCAAGAAAUCAAGGGUAAAUACGAAGCCCUGGCCGACAAGGACAAGGCCAGAUACGAGAAGGAAAUGACUGCGUACAAGAAGAAGAACAAUCCUGCAUUGCAGCAAAUGGGUCACGCGGUACCUGAGCCCGACGUCGAGGCCGAGGACGAAGAAGACGAGGGCGACUUAGAUGACGACGAGUAAUCGCGUUGGUUGUUCUCUAUAAAAAUUUUUUUUUGGUGUAACAUACUUCUUCUGUCUCUCUCUCUCUCAUUUUUUUUAAGUCGCCUUACUCAUUCCUCUAUUGUAAAUAUACAUGUUAGCAAAAGUGUAUUAAUACUGGUUUUUCUCGUUUAUGGUUUUCUGUUUGUCCGAACAACAAUUCAAUUGAAAACGUAAUGUGUGUACUUACAAAAAAAUUAAUACUGACAGUGUGCGAGUGACGGAAGUUUAUUUUAAAGGGACCUACAGAUUGACAGGAGUAACAUAUUGUAUUUGGUAGUAAAAAUUAAAUUGCAUCUAGGAUUUUUGGAGGAUAUCAUUCUGUAGGUUUUUUAAUUGCGUUCUGAAACCGUUUUAUAAUUGGUAUUUUAAUUGAUUCUUUUUGGAAAUACAAAAUGUGUGUUAGUGUUUAACUUUUAUGGAUAUCUUCCUCUGCACUGUCGUUGAAAUGUGGAUGGUGCAAAAAAAACGGGUUUGAAAAUAAACGGCGCGACAUUUAAUUUCUUUUUUUUGUAUAACUUAAGUUGAUGUUAGUUCGUUUCGGAACCCCCAUGUAGUUGUAAAAUUACGAUUUUUUUAAUUUGAAUUGUAAAUGUUUUUUUAAUUCUAUACGGGGGUUUUUUUACUUGGAUUUUUUAUAAAAAUUUCAAAAAAAUAUUAAAUUCACACAUACCCAAAAAAUCCAUCUGAAAUGCUUUACGAUUUUAACCAAUUUUGAUAAAAAAAUAUUUGCAAUUCAAUAUUUUUAUACUUUAGUCCUCUGUAUCUGCCAGUUAUUUAUUGAUAAAAAACUGUUCUUAUAAGUUAAUAUUUAGUAGAUUGUAUUCUCCAUUUAAAAUAUUCCCCUAUUGUAUAAACAGAGCAGAAUUGUCUUGUUUUUUACGUGUAAUUUAAAAACCAAAGUUUUGUGGACAAUGCAGUACAAAAACUAAUCGAUUUAUAGUUUCUUAUUGCGUUUUGAAUCUAUUCCUUCGUUAGUUUUUAUCUUAGUAUGUUCAAAAUGAACGAUAUUGAAUUAUGUACAGCAUACUUCGUUGUUUCCAUUCAAACUGAAUUGUUUCAUAAAAUUUAGCUCAUUUAUAUUUAGGAAAAACUCGAUUAAUGUUUUUCAUUUUACUCGUUAAAUUUAAGUUUUCCUUUCAUCAUAUUUCCCAAGGAACUAUAUUUACCUUUGCAAGUACAAUUUUAAUCUGUGAUUAUUACGGUAAAAAUAGUUCUUUUAUAUCGUGACCCCAUUCGUUUGUAAUGUUUAAUUAGGAAAUUUUUUUACAUUAGUUCCAUAUACCGAGUGUCCAUUAAAUGGACGGUCUCUCACUGAAAUCACCAACAAAUCGCUCUGUGUUAUGUUAGGGAGAAAAAAAAUAGGAAGCAAUGUUUGUUUUUUAUAUCUGAUAGG